AUGCAGCGGGAUGUGGUUGGCGAAGCGCCUGGCUCGUCGCGGGAGCUUGCAUAUGGCCGGGUACACUAUGUGCUGAGAAAGCCCAAGGACGGCGCGUCCAAGGGCCUUUGCGUGUGCGUGCACGGCUUCAGCACAGAGGCUGCCAUCUACCUCCCACUUAUGGACGAGAUUGUCAGAUCCGGCUUCUCGACCUUCCGCGUGAUCGGCUCCACCACCAUGCCCAUCCUCGUGGUGUGGGGCAACCGCGACAUUGUCGUCCCCUUCCACAACCUGGAGCGCAUGCGGGCCCUCAUGCCCAGCGCCAAGACGUGCGUCAUCAACGACUCGGGCCAUAGCGACAUCUUCGCCCACGCCGACCACGCAGCCCAGGUCCGCGAGGCCAUUGUCGAGUUUAUCACCUCCGCGCCAACCUCCCCCAGCGUCCACUGA